AUGAACUCCGAGACCUCGCGAAUCAAGUCCACUUCUGUCACACUCACCGGCGGAGAGACCUGGGAUGAUUGGCUCUGGGUGAUCAGGGAUAUGGCUGAGCGCCUGAAGCACUGGGAAUAUAUGGACCCCUCGCUGGCCACUAGGCCAGAGCCUCCUGAGGAGACAGAAGAUCUUUCCACAGAAGACUGGAAACUGUAUAAGAUGAAGACCUCGGCUAGUGAUCGUUACCAUCGUAACGAGGCAAAAAUGCUCGAUGCUAUCAUCGAAUCUAUCGACAAGGUCUUCCUCAUUUACCUCCGAGGGCCAACCAUCAACAACAACUGGGACAGAACGAAAGCUCUCAAGGAGCAAGUAUGUCCAUCAAAGUCGACCAGAGAGCAAUACUGCCGUGAUAAGUAUCAAGGCCUUCUCAAGGCUCGCAAGCGAACCAAUAUCGAUAAAUGGAUCAGCCAAUGGCAGGCUGUCUGUCAGCAGGCCCAGGAACUCAAACUGCCUGAGGUUCACGGCGAUAGGGCCCAAUAUGACUUCAUCGCCGCCGUCAGUAAUGUCGACGAGGACUGGGCUAGAGGCAAACGUCAGAUGAUGCUAGAUGCUCCAGACAAUAGUCCUCCAACAAUCACCUACCUAGUUGACAACUUCUGCAAGGCCAGACAGAAAACACAGAGCCAGCGUAACUCGCAACCUGGAAGGGCCCCUCACGGAGCCUUUGCUACCUUCCAAGGUAAGCACCACAGGCCGCAGAAUGACAAGCCAACACAGCCUUGUGUAUGCGGCGAAAACCACUGGUUUAGAGAAUGCGCCUACCUGAACAAGGCUAUACGCCCAAAAGGCUGGCAGCCUAACAAGGACGUCCAGGGCAGAAUAGCAGAGACGUUGAGGGCAAAGCCUAGGCUCAAGAGGCAUCUCGAACGCGUUAAUAAUACCGCCAGACGGUCUCAAUUCCGCAGAAAGGAAGCCGCCAACGGCUGUAAGGAACCCUCCUCUUCUGCAGAGACAUAUCUCGAUGGCGACGACUCUGACGUUUCAGAUCACAUAGGAGUGCUUCACGCCGACACGGUGCCAGAUGAAAAUUUGCAUGAAUCCGUGAAGCCGUUACCUGUCGCGUCAGCACCUUUUCCUGUGCGGAGAGGAGCGCCUUAUCGUUGA